AUGGACUGGGUGCCGUUCCUCCGUCCAUUGGACUACAUGUGCGAGUGCCUUCACGCCGAGGUUAGAGCCGCGCGGUUCUGGAAUAUGUCCCUCGCCCUCGUCAAUCGCGACGGCCACCUCGCCAUGGGCCGCGUCUGGCGGUUCCACUUGGGCACGCUGGACGUCGAGGACGACCGCUUUCUCAUGGAGAUGGGCGUGGAGCCGUCCGUUCGCCGUGCCGACCGCUCGCGCCUGGCUAGGGCUCUCAUGGACUGCUGCGCCAUCCUCAGUACUGAUGUCACCUGGGUAACUUCCGACGGAGCCGAGGACGUCCUCCACCUGCUGGACUGUGUGUGCCCUGACCUCGCCUGCGUGAGCACCGACCGUGAGACCCUCAUCCGGAAUUCCCAUGCUUUCUUUCCAGAGUUGUAUGACCUCAGGUUUCUGGCCAAGUGGCGGACUCUGUCCGGGGAGGAGCCUCCGCUACUCGAGGCUGCCAAGUCCGGGUCGCCAGACGCGCUCCUCCGCGGUUUCCGCCCUCUCUGGAAUGCAAAGAUUUACAUUGUGAUCUACCCAUCGUUCACUUGA